GAAUCGGGAACCCUCUUCGCUUGACGUCGAAUUUCUCGUGCUCUCUCUCUCUCUCUCUGAGAAUAAGAGUCAAUAGCCAGCAUUAUUUCCAAUCUCUUUAUCAAUCGCAGAAGCCCUGCUCUGGAGAACCCACCAUGGCUUACGUCGAGCGAGGUGUUGUUAAAUCAAAGAGAUCAAUAUGGCGUCUGAAAACAAUCACAGAUUUUUUCUGGGCUAUUGUUAACUUCAUUGGAGUCUUUUUUGCAACAAUGUUUUCGAUGGAAAAGUCGGAUGCCUACAGAAAAGGUUCCGCUUCUGGUAAAAAAUGGGAUGGUGGUGGCCCUGGAGGUCCUGGGGGACCAUAUGGUGGUGGUCCACGGGGUCCUCCUCGUCGUGGUCUUGACAAUGUUCGUGGACUAGACAGUGUUAGUGGGGCUGACCAUAGUUCUCUGCCCGCCUGUGGCUCUUGCUGUGGUUGAGCAAGAUAGGUUGUUCAAAUGGACUUCACAGUUCUCUUGCCUAAAUUGCCUCUAUAAGUAUCAGGAGUUGAACUCUUUCAACAUGCCAAUGACGUGCCACUGUGGAGUUUAUGUAUGCAUUUUCUACCAAAAACACAAACAGUUUGUGCAUAUCCUGAAAUUUAACCAGCAAAGCGUAUACUUUAUAAUUGCAUCCGAGCGAAUAAGACUGAAAAAUACGCGUUCUUGUUAAUGUUUUUGGUCAUGUUUUGUUGGGUUGUGUUUUCUCAAAGAUUUGGUUAAUUGGGAGUUGGGUUGUCAGGAGACCCUUGCUCUUUA